UGGUGUCGUUCGGUUCGUAGUUCUUCUCUAUUUCAAUUUUCUAUAUAUUCACACAUAUACCAAAAUAUAUAUCUCCACCAAAAGUCUCAGAGAAUUUUUUCUUCUCAUCGCCACCACUUUAAUCCAUCUAUCCAAGCCUAGAAGUAUCUCUUUCUUUCGCGAUACAUCCGAAACUUUAUUUCCUGAUACUUUUGAAUCUGUUCUUCUCCUCCGACAAAAAAACGUGUGAGCGCUGGACAGAGAAAAGGGUGGACAAGAACCCGGAAUUUCCUCUCCAAAGUGCUGAGAAAAUCAGUUUGGGUGGUCAUUUCCACUGGGUUAAAGACUUUUAUUUGUGUCUCAGAGAAAGGUUUCUCUUGAGCCAAUACAAGUGUGAAUAGUGAUUGAGACACUCUUUGAAGAAUUCACCAGAAGAAAGACACUAAAAGCAAUAAAAGUAUCGACCAGAAAGCAAUAAAAUUCGAGUGAAUCGUCUGUGAAGAGUGUUUGUUUGAGGAACAAGACAGAGCAAAAAGAAGAGCUGUGGUGAAAUUGAUCCAGGGAAUUCGUGAAUCCCCAGGAAAUUCGAUGGACGCAAAGGUAGACAUUCGAUCCCAGUGCAGCAAAAAGAGUGCCGUCAAAAGCCCAUGGCAGAGUUCACUUAUUCACCAUGAGACCAUCCUUCGGCUCCUGCCAACUCUAAUCUGGACGACAAGUGAUAUGGCUGACAGAGUGCCUGGCCAGUAAGAGAGACGACACAAUUUCCCAUUGCUAUAAGGUAUCAACAUAGCGCGAUUUCAUACAAGAUAUUGAGCGCGCCUUUGCUAUAAGAUCACUGUAGAAUGCCACGGUGUUUGAUGGCCAAAAAAUGGAAAGCCUAUCCGUGGCCUGAUCGCGAGGAGCCGGCUGCAGACGUGGAGGAAGAGGAGGAGAUUGAGAUUGAUGUUGUGGGCGAUUCGCCGGCUGCAGUGGCAUCGUCGUCUGUGACGACCACCGGGAAGACCACUGUCGCUGUGGUGGCCUCCUGCUGGGGACCCUCGUCACCCACGGCUGGCGCCACGGCCCCCAGUCCGCCCCCGCACUCGCCGGAAGCAACUCGUGGCUCCACGAUUCUCUACAAUGGUUAUGGGCACGACAUUUCACCAAUGCAUUUCACAGCGUACCUGCCCAGAAUCGAUCACGAAGUCACUGUUAUAACGACGCCGGUGCAUGGGCAGCAAGCUACCACGUCCGCCACAUCCUAUGUCACUCUGCAGGCGCCGGUGGCCAGCUCGAGUGCCGCCGAGCAGCCGCCGCCGGCCACUCCGCCGCGGAAGUCCCUCGCAAUGUGCUUCACCAGCACAGGCGCGGCCCUAUCGCUACCGCCGAAGAAGAAGGACAUUUACAGGCCGUACUCGCUGGACGACAGGCCACAGCCGCCCAUGCCGCCGCGUACUUAUGAGAUGCGAAUCCCUGCCGAGGAGGAUUUGCACGCCGCGCACGCCAUUCUGGACUUAAGCGCCUCCACGGCCUUCCUGCCGCCGCCGACCGCUGCGGAAGUGCUCCAGCCGCCCCCAAAGACUCCCCUGCCCCAAACUACUGUACCUGACAGCGCCCCACAACCCGACGACGACGCCCUCAAAUCACCCUCCUCCAAGACCGUGGCCUACACGUACGAGGCCUUCUUCGUGAGCGACGGCCGCUCGAAGCGCAAGAACGGCGUCGAAGUCGUGCCAGACGUAAAGACCAAGUACACGUGCACGGAGUGUGGGAAGCAGUACGCGACGUCCAGCAAUCUGUCACGCCACAAGCAGACCCAUCGCAGCCUGGACUCGCAGUCGGCGAAGAAGUGCCACACGUGCGGCAAGGCGUACGUGUCCAUGCCGGCGCUGGCCAUGCACGUGCUCACGCACAAGCUGAGCCACAGCUGCGGCGUGUGCGGCAAGCUCUUCUCGCGGCCGUGGCUCCUGCAGGGCCACCUGCGCUCCCACACCGGCGAGAAGCCCUACGGCUGCGCGCACUGCGGCAAGGCCUUCGCCGACCGCUCCAACCUGCGCGCCCACAUGCAGACGCACUCCGCGGACAAGAACUUCGAGUGCUCGCGCUGCCACAAGACCUUCGCGCUCAAGUCCUAUCUCAACAAGCACCUCGAGUCGGCGUGCUUCAAGGAUGACGCAGCCAGCGGGUUCGCCGAGGAGCCGACGGACGCCAAGGCGGCGGCUAGUGUGGUCAUCGUGAACAGUGCUCCGCGCGUGCAACAGCUAGCCUCGUUCGCGGGGUAACGAACAGGUAAACACUGACGAUGAUUUCCUGCCCACAGAGAGACAUUCAGCAGAACUCGGCGCCAAAUCGCGGUAUUUUAGAGCAUUUUGUGAGAUUGUUGUACAUAUUCAACCAUGAUAUUGUACCUUGUGCCCUUCCUCAAUUUCUCAGUACACGUGUUUUUUUUUGUAUGAUGACAACGACGCUUGCACGUGAGAUUCACCAAGUCAAGCCGUUUUGGAAUGAAAUCGCUUUCACUUAGUAAAGUCAUAAAGGUUAGUAGUCGUGAAUUCGGGACAGAUUGAAGUCCUGUUUUUUUUUUAAAUACAAGCUUUUGCGCCACCCUCAGAGGUUCGGUGCCAAGUCAAGAGUCAUUUAGUCAUUAGAAAUGAAAAAAAUCAUAGUGAGAGCAUUUAGUUGUGAGAUUAGGUAGAUUUUACAAGGAAAGAACACGUAGGCGCUAAGUCAGAUGCUAUAUUUGAUGAAUAAAGAAGAAACAUGAAAUCACGAUACGUCCAAAACCCCCUGAAGUAAAAUUCAAUUAAUAGUGAUUAAAGGCUCUCUAAGAAGUUAAAUGAACAAAAAACUAUGAAUGGGUUUUCUCUAACAUAUGAUUUCUCCCCUUUGUGGAACUUCCUCGUAUCUAAAGCUCUAAGAUUGUAAGUUGUUAGUGAAGGAGGAAGUCACUGUAGCUACUAAGAACUUUUCUCUAGUCGUUAUUAAAAUUUUAAGCUAGUAUUUAACGAAAUUUCCCAUUGUCACUUUUCUCUUAGCUGUACUUAGAAACUUUGAAAGGUGAAGAGUCUCACUUAGAGGAAAACCCCCGGAACGCUCCUUUUGCCUCCUGGAGAAUCCUCAUGAAGAAAAAAUUACACUCAAUGUGAGACAUAAUCGCGAUAAUUAAGAUUUAAGCUUUAUAAAAUAUUCAAACUUUUUCAAUGAAUUAUCCAUUCAUGGUUCAACAACGAACGAAAAGCAACGUUUCGAAGACAACGAAAAUUAGCGUUUUAAUAUGAAAUUGAAGUUAUAUAACUAAAUAGCAAAUGAAGACACCAAAGAAAGCUCUGAAUAAGAACGCCCAAUGAUCCACAAGCAUUAAAAAAAGUAACUCCUAAAGCAUAAGCAAUGUUGAGCAUCUGUAGCACUUAAGAAUGGAAGUGUAGAGAGAGUUGAGUGUGUGAGGUGGUAUUUUUGAUUUCCAGAGUCCACACGAAACCAUCUUUUCGCAUUGAUGAAACUGUAGGGAUUUGAGAAAUGAGCGCGCCCAAUUGGUAAAUGAUUGCAUGAAUUGAAAGUAGAUUAUCUCAUGGGAGCAUUAACAUUUCCUCGAGAGCUUUUUUGUCGCUGUAUUACCUUCCAAUUGCAGAAGCACCAUCGACACGCUUCACUAAUCACAAAUCGCGAUGACAUCGAUAUCAUCAAUCAUUGCAGUUUUUUGAGUCGGGAAGGGAGGUUGUUUUUCCGCCCACGGUUCACCCACUCCAGGGAAAUUUGGCCUCUUCUUCGCUGGGUUGUGUAUAUGGUGAAAAGUUGUUGAUCAUUUUUUGAUUGCGCCUCAUCGUCAUCACUCUCCACCCUAGCUCUUUUUUGCCAUCAGCACACCAUCAUUUGUCAAUAUAAAAUGACGCAAAAAUGUUGAUCCCCUUUCGAGGGCCUUCCCCGGAAAAUUUCCAUCAGCAACACAGUGACGGUGAAGAUAUAUUUGUGAGAACUGCGCGCGAGUGUGAAUAUUUUACAAUGAAUCGUCGAUGUAAAUUAAGGAUUAGCGAGUAAUUCAUAGUCAGUAGAUGAGACACACACGUCACUUUUAAGAGGAUGACAAGGAAUUCGCGAUAUGAGCACACAAGAACUCUCUUUCUCUCACUGUCACUUUAUAGAGAAAUCAUUGAGCUUUCAACCCAUCCUCAUGAAACAUGGAGAAGAAAUAGUGAAUAACGAUUGUAACUUUAGAGGAAAAAAUGCCCACAGAAACUAGUUCAGUCCCAACGUCCAUUUAGCCUAUUGAAGAAGUUGAAGACGAGUGAAAGAAAUGUGGCCAUGGCCGGAGCUUCAAUGCUUCGUUGUUCAUUACUAUUUUAAGACAGCUGAGAAGGGCUUUCGAGGCUGACUGAGCAGCUGAUCUAAAUUAUGGCCGACUAGCUUCAUCGAAUAUACAUAUAAUUUCCGAGAGCUUUUCGCAAUGUAUGUAUGUACUUUCUAAUAAUGAACUUCAUGCAAAACAUUCAGCAAAAAAUUAAAUUGUGCUAUACUCUUUCAAUUUCCUCUUCAAAGCAUUGAGCUUUCGCACUUGAUCUGUUGCUUUUUCUCUUCUAAGUCUGCACUAUAGGAAAGAAGGAAGAAAAUCUACUAGAGAUUUUAGACUUAGGAAUAAUACUAUAACAUAGAAUUAGUGAUUAAAAUGUAGAACAUUCUAAACUAUACACAGUAAGGCGAAUGCGUGAGUUUGAUGUGUGGGAUUUCCAUUAUAAUUUCCAAUCAUUUUUUUCUGUCUAUAUUUUCCAAACUUUGGUCCUCUUGAGGCUAAUACUUUUGGCACGAGAAAAAGGGUUGCGGUGCAAUAGUUAGUGAGGAAAUUAGCGCGUGAUUCUUUCCAGAUCACACAGAAGGUAGGUUUUCUGUAUGGUUGUAUAGGGUGGAAAAUAAAUAUUAGCAUUGAGAGAGUGAGCACCGUACGAGUCUCUGUGUCCAUAAAUAACACAUGAAUUAAGCAGUUGAGAGUACAUUCUAGUCACAAAUUAUGGUCGCACUGACGUCAAAGCAGAUAUUUGCUCUCAAUGGCAAUUAAGAGAGCUUAUGAUAUGAGAAAUUAUUAUUGUUUUCCUUUGCGCGCAGAGAGAAAAUUGGUGGGAAGGACUUAUUUAAGGAUAGAAAUUAAAUUUAUUUAGACGAAAAUUUAUGGUCACACACGGAGAAUGUUUCGCGCACGGAACAUUUUUUCAUGACCUCAUACAGUGGCGAAAAACCAAAAAAGAAUAAGUGAAAUUGUACCAUAAUAUAAAACGUAGCGCUUGGAAAUUAAUGUCUUGGGUAAUUUUUCUUGAUAUUCUCAUUUUUCUGGCAGUUUAUUGAGACAAUAAAAUUUCUUAUUAAUUGUACCAUGAAAAUACUCAAACUAUUAUACAACUCGAGUGUGCAAGUUGAUGAGAAAAUGCAAUGAGUAAAUGAGUGUGUUCUCAGAAAAAUAUCUUCGCAAACACUGUGUUUAGAAACUCAUUCAAAGUAUCCUUAUGCAUGAAUAAUUGUUUAGAUGCGUGUGCUGAUAAAAGAGAAACAUUCUCUUGAACAUAUAUAUUUUACCUAAUUAAUAACUUUAGCAGAUGACGCAAUUGAAAUGUGAUGAGAUUUGAACUCGAAAGUUCGUGAUAAGCGGAAGUGGCAGGUUCGAAUCCCAUCGCGGUGACUGUUUUUUAAGCCUUCUUUUCACCAUACCUGUGCACGAGAGGGUUUUUCUCAUCACUGCCUCGUGACAUCACUUAUUCAUUUGACCCUUCACCCUUUGACAUGACUCUAUCGCCAGGGGGUGAGUUUUGAGAGGCCGAUGGAAAAUUGUGAUUGGGUGACAUGUUUGUUGAAAUGGAAAAUUCAACUCGAAGCACACUUUCCACGAUGCACACACACAUACACUCCAAUUAAUCCUGUGCAAAUAAAACACUCGUGUUGGAUUUAAUUACCGACAGCAGGCGGCAAGUGGGUGGCAAUGAAUUCAAUGUUCAAAUGGGAUAGCAAUUUUCCCUUUCAUGUUCAACGCCAAUGCUAUUCUCAUGGAUGGGUGUGUGCAUCAAAACAUUCACACGUCUGGACUGGCACGCAAAAAUGCCUUCCACGAUUUACUAUGCACUUCAAGGGCGACAGCCUGUGAAAUUUCCUUUCUCAACACUUGAAAUUCAUGCAAUUGUAGCUUAUUUAUAUAAUAUUCAUCACAACGAAAGUCAAUUAAAAAUCCUCAAUUGAAGUCCUCGACCUUAAAGCUUAAAUCUAUUGCCGUUCCUUUCGAACUCUUAUCUCCAUUGAGUUACUAAUAUAUUUAUCUAGAAGAAAAGAAAAUCUCUAAUGGUAUAACAUUGAUAAAUGAAAGUCCCAAAAGCGUCAAUUUUUUAUGUAAACAAAAAAUCGUCAUAUGAAGGAGUAUUAAUUGCAAAAAAGUCACUAUAUAUUGAAUUAUUCAGAGAAUGAACAAGAGAGAGAGAGAAAUAUAUGAAUAAAUUUGAGAGCAAGUAUAAAUGAUAGCAUCAUGAUAAUUCAAUUAAUUUAACAUUAAUGGCAGAGUGGGUGAAACUGCCCCGACAUUAAAGUUAAUAUUUAUAAUUAAUAAAAGUGAGUGUGAUUGAUAUAUAAAGAAAAUGGAAUAAGUGAGCAAUUAAAUAAAUAGCAAUAUUGUAUUCGAAAGAAAGAAAAAAAAUUGUUUCUUUAUUAAACUUUGGGAGGAAAGAUAAGGUGAGGUUAUAACGUUAAAGUCUUAUUCGGCAGGCAAUAAAGUGAUGAAGUUUUAUCAGAGAUGCAGGCAAUUCGAGGUGAAAGUCACUUUUAUUGUAGCUUAACAUGUAAGAGAAAAAAUACCCUCUUUAGACGCCCAGAAGAAAUUGUAGAAAUAUUAUAGUCUUUAGAGAUUAUUAACGACAAACACUGUGAUUGUAAGUCAAAUUUAAUCAACGAAUUGGUAAGCUUAUGACUUAAUUCCAACCUUACUCUUCAAAUCUUUAGCUUCAUCUGAGAAUGUUAUAGAAACAAAUAAUAAACACUUACAUUUUCCCUCCUCUUUUGCCGUGUAUUCUGUGUGAAUUUUCCGUCUGUCAUGAAAUCUUCCUUCAACAAAAUGUAAUAAUUGAUAUGUCAAAUGUGAUAAAUAUUGUUAUUACAAUGAGAAGCAAUAAGACAACGCAAUUGAAAAUGAAACGAAAGAAUAAUUCAAAGCAAUACGCAAAUGCCCAGAUUGUUCACCAACUUUUUAUUCGAUAUUGCCUGCAUUUCUCACAUAGAAUCAUUCGUCUCGACUAAAAACGCCGAGUAUCAAAAGCAAUAACAAGUAGUCAGUAAGCCCUCCGUGGAUCACAUAAAAGUGUAUAGAAUGGAUCCCGGAGUAAAAAAAAGAAAACAAAGAGAACACAAUUGAGAAAUAAAUGAUAAGCAAUUACUAUAUUAGCAAUGAAGGUGAAGGAGAUGCAGAAUAUGUAUUUUAAGGCAUAUAUUUACCAUUUAUGCUCCUCAUUGCCCCUUAAAUGAUGACAUUCGACCCUUUUUGACAAUUCUCUCACAUCAAUUAAUAUUUAGGCAAUUUAGGUGUUAGGUACACACACUUCCAGUUUACAAAGGAAAAGGAAAACCGUAGUUGGAAAACAAUGAAUUAUUAAGAAAUAUUUAUUACAUAUUUAUUGUAAUAUUUAGAUAAAGAAAUUAUAAUGUCUUGUAUAAAGAAGAAAAUUCUGAGAUGAAAAAUGCACUGUAAAUAUGAGAAAUCAGAUAGAAAAUUGGAACCGAAGCUCUAAAGUUGUAACUAAGUAAAAUUAUAUAAAAUAAAAAAGCAAUGAAAUGGUGAAAAGGGUUGUUAAAUACCGUCUUUUAGGCUGCCGAGGCGUGCUGACUACGAAAUAUUAUUCGAAAGAAGAGUUGAGAUUGAGUAGAAAAGAGAUUGCAAAAUGCUUAGAAAUCCUGAUAAAGAGACGCGCCGUCAUUCUCCUCUUUGCUGUAACUCCUCAUUCAAUUAUCUCUAAACUAAAUAAACUUUUGAAAAGUAAUCUAAUAAACUCUAUGGUGAAGGAUGGAAUUCUUAGUAAAGUCUCAUAUAUUUUAUGAACAAUAUAUCUUAAACUAUUGAUAGACAUUUCCCUUGAAAAACUUUCAAAGAGACAUGCAGGAAGGAGAGUAAAGUGGAAAAUCAAAGAGUAAACUUUCUCCCUUAUUGCCCAAGCAUGAAAUAAAGUAGGAAGAGAGAAGAAUCAACCUGCAAUUGCAUUCCAAUUACUCAAUAGUGCAUCCCAAAGAAGUAAAGAAGAUGAUGAAAAAUAUUGUAAACUCUUAUAUACUGUAUAGAACUAUUUAUUCUUAAAAUAUACAACUUUUGAAAAGAGUAUGAUGAAGUUUUACCUUUAGAAAUGAUGCGUAUUUUAAAUGAAUUCUCUAUCUGACGAAGUGUAAAGCUAUACACACAACUUAUUAUCUAUCGAAGAUGAUUGACCGACACGCACUUCAAGGUUUGGUUGGCUAGGUUUGAUGUCUCUGGUUUAUUUAUCCCUGAAGAUAUCUAUCAAUUUCUCACAAAAAUAGCAUGCAUGAUGAAAUAAAAGGAUAAAUGGAAUAAAAAGAUUAAACCGAAUUAGCUUUAAUAUUAUAAUCGAAUUUUUAUUACUCAUAUUUUAUUUAUUUUUAAUCAUUUUAUCAACAAUUAAUUCACCAUCAGAUUUUAUGUGAAUUGAAUGAGAAAACCAAAUAUUUACUUAUAAACAAUUAAACUAAUACAAUUAUAUACCAAUUGCAUUAUAAUUAAAAUAUAUAUAUAUAUAUAUUAAAUAUAAAAUAUUUGAAGAGAAUGAUGAAAAUAAGAGUAUAUAUAUUGAAAUAUAUAAGAGAAUGCGACGCGAUGGAGAAAUGCAACAAAAUUUUAUGUAGAAUUUUUAGAGAAAAAAGUUUAACUAAAGAAACAAAAUGAGUGAAGAAAAUACACAGAUGAAAGAUAUUUAGAAUGGUCAUAUUCACAUUCAAUAUUUAUAAAUUAUUGACUUGAAAGUAAAUCGAAUAAAGAAAAAAAAUAUUAACUAUUAUUAUCUACCCACGAAUAUUAAAAAGAAAACAAGUCAAAUGAAAGUUAAUUACUGAAAAAAAAGAAUUAAUUCUUUACAUUAUUGACCACAUAUAAAAAGAAGAAGAAAAAGAACAUGAAAAAGGUGAAAA